AUGCCUGACGAGCUGACGGAGCCCGGGCGCGCCACGCCGGCCCGAGCCUCCUCCUUCCUCAUCGAGAACCUGCUGGCGGCCGAGGCCAAGGGCGCGGGGCGCGCGGCGCAGGGCGACGGCGGCCGGGAGGACGAGGAGGACGGCGACGACCCGGAGGAUGAGGACGCGGAGAAGGCGCGGCGGCGACGGCUACAGCGGCGGCGACAGUUGCUGGCGGGCACGGGGCCCGGCGGCGAGGCGCGGGCCCGGGCGCUGCUCUGGCCGGGCGCGCUGGGCCUUGGUCCCCGGCCGCCCCCCGGUCCUGGGCCGCCCUUCGCUCUGGGCUGCGGAGGCGCAGCGCGCUGGUACCCACGGGCGCACGGCGGCUACGGAGGUGGCCUCAGUCCUGACACCAGCGACCGGGACUCACCGGAGACAGGCGAGGAGAUGGGCCGUGCUGAGGGCGCCUGGCCGCGAGGCCCCGGGCCAGGAGCGGUGCAGCGGGAGGCGGCGGAGCUGGCGGCGCGGGCCCCGGCGGUCGGCGCGGAGGAGGCGGCAGAGCUGGCCGAGGUCCCGGCGGCGGCGGGGGAGACACGCGGCGGCGUUGGCGUGAGCGGCGGCCGAAAGAAGAAGACGCGCACCGUCUUCUCCCGCAGCCAGGUUUUCCAGCUCGAGUCCACCUUCGACCUGAAGCGCUACCUGAGCAGCGCCGAGCGCGCCGGCCUGGCCGCCUCCCUGCAGCUCACCGAGACGCAGGUCAAGAUCUGGUUCCAGAACCGCCGCAACAAGUGGAAGCGGCAGCUGGCGGCCGAGCUGGAGGCGGCCAGCCUGUCCCCGCCGGGAGCGCAGCGCCUGGUCCGUGUGCCAGUGCUCUACCACGAGAGUCCCCCGGCCGCGGCCGCCGGGCCCCCGGCCACGCUGCCCUUCCCGCUGGCGCCCGCCGCGCCCGCACCGCCCCCGCCGCUGCUCGGCUUCUCUGGGACCCUCGCCUACCCGCUGGCCGCCUUCCCGGCCGCCGCUUCCGUGCCCUUUCUGCGGGCGCAGAUGCCGGGACUGGUGUGAGCCCCGCCCGCCGGGCCCUCUCCCCGCGGCCCCCGUGGACCUCUGUGGACGCGCGAUCCGGCGGCAGGUGCAGGGCGCAGGCGGCGUUAGGGGAGGCAUGGCCGCUCCUGCGGCCUCCCCGGCACCUCGGCACCUCGGGAGCGCGGGCCACGGCCAGACGGGCCUCAGCCCCUGUGGGGAGCGCCUCUAGAAUGUAACGGGACGCCCCACCCAGUUGCCAGUCUGGAUCCACACUGGAACAGCGGGUAAUACAGAGAAUGGGCGGCACAGCCCACGGCGCCAUGGCCACCUCGAGCCUCAGCGAGGAGCGGCCGGUCACGGCCACUGGGGCAGCUACCCCUAGGCCAAGUCCAGCGCAGCAAAGGAAAACUAUGAACCGGCUGUCCAAGGCUGCUCAGAUACUGUCCCCACAGACUGCCCCCAACACUAAACGUCCCUUUCCUGGGACCCAGACAGCAGGCCGACCGGAGGGCCGAGCCACCCCUCCCGCGGGCGCCGGUGGAGAAAGCACCCUGGACCUGUGGUCCCCACGUCCCUUCCGCGACCAGGCAGGCUCCCUCCAGGCGCCGCGGCCUCCAGGUGGUGGUGGUUUUUU